AUGUCUUCGGAUUAUAGCGAACCUAUUACUGCUGAUGAUGCCGAGUUGGAUGACGAUGUAUCUCAAGGACCCACAAAGAGGAUUCGAAAACUAACUUCAAAGGUAUGGGAUGACUUUGUCAAAUUUAAAGGACCUAAUGGAAAUGACAUAGCUAGAUGUAAGCAUUGCAAUAGGGAAUUUGUUGGAGAGAGUAGGAAAGGGACUAGUCAUUUAAAAAAUCAUUUGUCGAAGACAUGUCCAGUACUUAAAGGGCCAAAUGCCCCUAGGAUUGCUAGUAAGGCUGCUUCUGAAUCUACUCCUAAGGCUGCAAAUUUUAAAUUCGAUCAAGAGAGAAGUCGUAUGGAUUUUUCUAGGAUGGUAAUCAAGCACAAUUAUCCUUUUAACAUGGUUGAGCAUGAAUUUUUUGAAAUAUUUUGUAAUAAUCUUCAACCAAUGUUCAAACUUGUUUCUCGUAACACUGUUAGGGCGGAUGUCCUUGAUGUUUAUGAAAUAUAA